AGAGACGGAGAGAGAUUUUCGAAAACCCUAGCUAUUCUUCUCAUUAUUUAGGCCGAUUUUCCAGCCGUAGGAUUUCGCUGGCAAAGAAGUGUCCGGGUUCUGGACGGUGAAGAUGAAGCGGAAGGAUCUGGAAGAAGCGUCCGACGAGUCCUCGGAUUUUCCCUUCUCUUCUCCCGCCAGGAAAACCCUUAGACUGGAUGCAGAGAUGCCUCCAAUCAUGGAACAAGAAGCUGUAAAUCCUCUGGGUUUUGACCAAUUGUUACCUGAAGAGCACCUCAUGGGUAGCACACAGCAAUCAGUAGCACCAAUGGAAGUGGCAGUGCCAUCUCUUCCUUCAAACAAAGAGAUGGCCCUUGUUGUCUAUAAGCCAUUCAACAAUCCAUUGCUGCAACCUAUGAAGUCACCAAAUCUAUCUUUUAGGGUGAAUACAGAUCUGAUUCGAGGUCUGAAAAAUCGAGUUUUAUGGUCAGGGCAACCGACCGUCUUCAUAACAGGGCAGGAAGAAGAAGAGGUACCCAACCACGAAAAGCCAGCAGCCACCAGUGACUGCCUAGCUGUCACCCCUUGGGUGCCAUCUCAGCUGCCAGAGACCCAAGGAGUCGAGGAUUCUGCAAUGGAUGAUGGAUUGUCAGAGCCUAUGGAGGCAGAAGAAGUGGGUAUGGAAGUUGAAGAAACGAAUGUGGCCAGCAGUGAAGGGCAAGAAAUAACAGUUGCUGCUGGAAUGGGAGGAGGUGAAGGCCUACAGCAGUGGCAGCAACAGCAAUGUAUAACCCCACAGAUCCUCCAAAACAUGUCCACUCCAAUCACAUGGUCUUGGUGAAAGACUGCAGCCCCUGCUGCUCCAUUGUUGUGCAGGAAGGCAGAUUAUUAGAAGGAAGAAGGUGUGUUGCCGAAAUUCAGUGAGGGCUAUUAUGGGAGAAAAUGCCUAUUUAGGCUGUACAUGAAUAAACUAACGAUGAAAUGUUCUCUGUUACUGGGAAAAAAAAAAAAUUUCAAUCCAACGUGAAGCUUAAAUGAUUGAAUAUUUUUCA